AUGAAGGGAUGGGAGACACCCGUCUCCAGGCCACCACGUACCCGUAUGGCUAAUAAGAAGCUGACUGCAGGAGCUGAUGUAGCAGAGCAGCAGCUUGGGACAGAGGAGGCAUUGCUGAUUCUACCGAAUGGCUAUGAUCCGGAUGAGGAGGAUGAGCCUGCCUACUAUUUUCUUGCCCCUGCACCAGAGGAACCAGCUAGCAUGGAAGAGGCAUUAGCUGGACCAGAUAGGGAGAUGUGGCUGGUUUCCAGGGAUGCUGAGUACCAGAGCCUGCUAGAGAAUGGGACAUGGGAGCUGGUGGUGCUGCUUGAGGGGAAGAAAGCCGUACAGUGCAAGCGGGUGCUAAGGAUCAAGACCGAUGACAAGGGACAGAUCACCAUCUACAAGAGUAGGCUGGUGGCUAAGGGGUUUAUGCAGAAGGAGACGCAGGACUUCAAUGAGCUUUUUGCUCCCACUGGCAAACCUCCUACACUCCGUGUGUUGUUGGCAGAUGCAACCGUUAGUGGGAAAUUCAUUAUUCAGAUGGAUAUAUCAACGGCAUUCCUCAAUGGGAUUUUAGAGGAGGAUGUGUACAUGACUAAGCCGCCUGGGUAUGAGGAUGGUACGGGCAGGGUGUGCAAGCUGAAAAAGUCCAUCUACGGCUUGAAGCAGGCGCCACGCUGCUGGUACCAGAAGUUGGCAGCUGUUUUAGAGGAGAUGGGAUUCAGGACCAGCAGCUGUGAUGCGAGCCUCUUUCUCAAGGGGGAGGGGGAGAAGCUGGUGCUGUUUCUGGUCUAUGUGGACGAUAUUCUUCUCUUUAGCAGCAGCAUGAAGGAGAUCCAGAAUGUGCAACAGCACCUUAUGGAGAACUUCAAGUGCAAGAACCUUGGGGAGGUUAAGUACUACCCCGGGAUGCACGUGGAGAGGGAUCUGGAUCACAGGUGGUUGAAGCUGCACCAGGAGAAGUUCAUCAAGGAGCUGGGGGAGAAGUACGGGAUUGAGAAUGAGCGCAAAGUUGCAACUCCCCUGCUUGCAGAAUUCAAGCUUGUGAAAGCUGCAGAGGAUGAAGGGGUUGAAGCCGAGGAGCAGCAGAAAUUUCAGUCCUUGGUGGGCAGCCUCUUGUGA